GCUUUUUUUUCCUGCCGGGCGCGGGGCAUGCCGGGACUUGUAGUCCGAAUAGGGCUGGAGGGCCAUGCCGCGGCCAUGAAGAGGGUCAGUGGCUUCUUGGGGCCCUCCGGGGAGGAGCCCUCGGGGCCCGAGGCGCUGGAGACGGAGGGCGAGCGGCAGCUGCGGAGCCUCCUGCGCCACCAGCUAGACCCCUCAGCCUCCCUAGAGAGAUGCCUCUCGCAGCGUUCCCGCUUUGCCCCGGCCGCUCUCUUCCAGCCCUCCUUCGGGGAGGAGGCCGCCGGGGCCCGCAGCCUGACUCACUUCCAGGCCUUGCAGCAGCGCAACCGGGAGGAGGAUGCCCUCCGGGACAUGGGCCUCUCCGACGCCGAGCGGCGACUCUGGAGGGGGAACCGGGGCGGAGAGGAACAGGAGGAGCAGAGCCCCGGUUUGGGGGCAACCCCUGAGGCUCGUCAGGACCGACUCCGUGCCAUCCAGGAGAAGAUUGCCGAGCGCCAGCGCAUCCUGGCCCUGCCCCAGCGCUUUGCAGGCAGCAAGCCGCUCAGCCGUCGGGAGAUGGAGAUCGAGCGCUCCCUCUUCCAGGGCACCGACCGACAUGCCUUCCUCCGGGGGCUCUACCACCAAGGUGAGGCUCCGCAGAAGGAUUCCUCUGCGACGGAAGGCCCUGCAGCUCGCCUGGAGACACUCUACCAGGAGGUCCUGGCCCCAGCGCCCCCGAGGGAGCCUCUCCCGGAACCCCCCACGCACGGCACAGACCCAGCACCACAUCCGGAAACAACAGCACUAGUCACACGCCCGGUGACCUUCAUCCCGGAAGAGGAGAUCUGCCAAAGCCGCCUCUCGGAGGAAGAGAUCCGCCAGAUCCCCCGGUUUGCCUCCUAUGACCCUGGAGAACCAAGCCAGGUGCUGUACCUGAAGAAUCUCAGUCGCCAGGUGACGGUGGAAGACCUUAUGUCGGUCUUUGCCAGGUUCCAGGAGAAGGAGGGCCCCCAGAUCCGGUUCCGCCUCCUGAGCGGACGCAUGCGAGGCCAAGCCUUCCUCACCUUCCCCAGCAUCUCAGUGGCCCAGGCAGCUCUGCAGCUGGCCAGUGGAUACCACUUGCUGGGGAAGCCCCUUGUCAUUGAGUUUGGGAAGAGCAAGGGGCGACCAGAGCCCAUUCCAAGUCCUGGGACACCUGCCCCACCUUCUGAGGAAGAAAACCUGACUAGUGUGGACGUGGCAGAGAACAGCAAAAAGCACAGAACAGGCAGCACCAUUGCAUCCAGAGAGGGGAUUGUUUUCUCAGGAGAAAGACCUGAUGUGGGGCAGCCCUCUUGAUAGGAGUUGCUGCUUCUGACUGACUCUGCUGGGUCUUUGUGAGGAGGAAUGUGGUCUUGGGCCCAGUAGCCGCUUCGUUCAGUUGCUGCUCUGCUUGUGGCAGCCAUGGCAAAGCAUCCAGGAACAGAACCAGCCCUUUCCUUUGCCUUCAGGGCCACCCUACUGGUUUUCUGGAAGGAGGGGACUCAUAGAAUUUGAAGAACCUAGCCCACCCCUAGGCCCAUUGAAAAGGGUGCUGAGUAAAUGUGAGAAGGCUAAUUUUGGGGUGCUAGGAUCCUCCAUGAGCCACAUUGGUCUCGAAAUGCAAAAUAACAUUGGCAGCUUAAGAAAGUUGGAACUCUGUGAGUUUUCCAGGCUGUCUGGCCAUGUUCCAGAAGUAUUAUCUCCUUAUAUUUCACCCACAUCUAUAGCAGGAAUCCUCGGAGGUUAUGAGGAAUAUUGGAAACUAGGCAAGUGGGGUUUAUAUAUCUGUGAAAUAAUGUCCAUGGUGGGAGAAAGUAUUUUGUCUGUUUGAAGCAAGUGUGAAUGUUGCAAUUAAUCACCUUGAUUAGCAUGGAAGGAUUCCCCAGGCAGGAAGCAGCCAGGCCUUGAAUCUGCCAUGCCAUUACAUGCUAGAUGACUAAUUAUAACAUUCAUACUUUCCCCAGCAGACAAGAGUUCUUUUCUCACACCCUGGACCUUCCACAAAUAUAUAAACCCCACUUACCUAGUUUCCAACAGACCUCACAACCUCUGAGGAUGCCUGCCAUAGAUGUGGGCAAAACGUCAGGAGAGAAUGCUUCUGGAACAUGGCCAGACAGCCCGCAAAACUCACAACAACUCAGUGAUCUCGGCCAUGAAAGCCUUCGACAACACAAAGUUGAAACAGCUCUAUACCUCACCUUUUUUCUCCAGGUGAGAUGCCAUUACAGUAUGGGGGCGGGGGCUUUCUUCCCUUUUGCCCCUCUCUGUCCUGAAGUGAUUAAACUACAUUGUAACUGGGUUGUUGUAUGUUUUCCGGGCUUGUAUGGCCAUGUUUGAGAAGUAUUCUCCCUUGACGUUUCGCCCACAUCUAUGGCAGGCAUCCUCAGAGGUUGUGAGGUAUGGAGAAACUAAGCAAGGAAGGUUAAUAUAUAUCUGUGGAAAGUCCAGGGUGAGGGAAGAACUCUUGUCAGUUGGAGGCCAGUGUAAAUGUUGCAGUUAAUCACCCUUAUUUAUUUAUUUAUUUCGUGUCAAAAGCAUUGUACAACAAAUACAAUUCGGGGGACACGGAAAGAGCCUCCCCGAAGAUUGAGUGAAUUCAGUCAGGCGUCCCCUGGGCAAUGUUUCUUUCCACCCCAAAAGCAUUGGAGUUAAUCACCCUAAUUUGCAUUGAAUGGCUACAUCUACUAGCUAUUUCCUGCCUGGGGGCAUCCUUUGUUAGCUGCCCCUAGUUCCCAUGUCUCAGAGUAUUGCUUCUUAUUUAUUGUUCUGAUUUUUGAGUUUUUUAAUACUGGUAGCCAGAUUUUGUUCAUUUUCAUGGUUUCCUCCUUUCUGUUGAAGUUGUCCACAUGCUUCAGAACAGUAAAUAAGAAGCAACACUCUGAGACAUGGGAACUAGGGGCAGCUAACAAAGAAUGCCCCCAGGCAGAAAGUAGCUAGUAGAUGAAACCAUUCAAUGCAAAUUAGGGUGAUUAACUGGAACAUUUAUGCUGGCCUCCAACUGACAAGAGUUCUUCCCUCACUCUGGACUUCCCACAUAUAUAUAUGAACCUUCCUUGCUUAGGUUCUCCAUACCUCACAACCUCUGAGGAUGCCUGCCAUAGAUGUGGGUGAAACGUCAGGAGAGAAUACUUCUAGAAUAUGGCCAUAAAGCCCGGAAAACAUACAACAACCCUGUGAUCCCGGCCAUUAAAGCCUUCGACAAUAUAUUGUAAUUUUUUUGACCAGGCAUUAGUUGGGUUUUUUGGUUGACUUGACUCAUGAGCUGUCCAGAGGAGGAGGGGAGGGAGGAGGCGGAGGGGGGGGGGGCUCAACUCGCAGGAGGGAGGCCUCAGGUGGAAACAGACCAUUGUCCCCCUUCCUCUGGUUAUGCCCCCCCUCCCCUUGGCCCUGUCCUGGCCCCUGUCCAGGCAUCUCUUGGGGAGGUUGGGGUCAGCCGUGAGGAGAGCUUAGGAAAGCAAAUCUGAUUAAAAGCGUCGUCAGCAGCA